UUUAAUUGUGUUUCAGACAUCUACCAACAUGUUGUAACAUUUUUGUGUACAAAGUUAAACUAAUAAUUAAUGAAAUGGAUAAAUCAUCCUUAGGCUCUGCUGGGUCUUCUCCAGCUGGGAAUUUAAUUCAAGUAAAAAGCAAAUUUCUAGCUGAAUUUCGACGAUUUCAUCUUGAUCCAGAACAAGACAAAUUUCAAGAUUUACAUCAAAGAAUCGAAUCACUUCAUCAAAUUCAUCACGUCGAUUUUAUUGUGACUUACACCGACCCACUUCAUGGUGAUUUGUUGCCAAUAAAUAACGAUGAAAAUUUUGCAAAAGCGAAAAAAACGUCAAGUACUUUGCUAAGACUGUAUAUUCACAAACGAGAGACUUUUAACUUACAAAAUGGUUUUGGCCAAUCAACCGUUAGAAAAAAGAAAGGAAAAAAAUUACCACCAAUUAUAAGUUAUCCAGAAGAUUUUCGUCCGGUUUCCGCAAUCAUCGAUGUGGAUAUUCUACCAGAAACCUUACGUCGGGUGAGGCUACAUAAGCAUGGUUCAGACAAGCCAUUAGGGUUUUAUAUCCGCGACGGUGUGAGCUUACGUAUGACGAAUAACGGACUUGAAAAAGUGCCUGGAAUUUUUAUAUCUAGAUUAGUACAAGGUGGUCUGGCAGAAAUGACUGGUUUAUUAGCAGUCAAUGAUGAAGUCUUAGAGGUAAACAGCAUCGAAGUGAUGGGGAAAACGUUAGAUCAGGUCACAGACAUGAUGGUGGCGAAUAGUUCUAAUUUGAUUAUCACCGUCAAGCCUGCAAGUAUGAGAAAUGCAGUCGCAGGGAUAAAGCCUCCUUCUCGGGCUCGUUCUUACGACGAUAUUCCACGACAUAGGCAUGAAGAAGAAUCCGACGAUGAUCAGGAUGUCGUAAAAGAUAUCACUCCUGCAUCGAAGCAUGACCAAAAACCAAAAAGCAACAGUGCACGACAUCAAAACGAAAAGGUUUAUUCAAUAAAUACGACUCAACAAGGCAAAGAGCACUCUUCUCCUCAAUCUGUACCUAAUAAAACUGAAGCUUCAAAUUCUACGCAACCGUCUCCAAAAAAGUCACCGAGAGUUGGGCACAAACAUGGUAGAGACUCAGUAAAGGCUAAACGUAGAAGCCAAAUUAACACUCAAAAUGAUCUGACAUUGUAGGUAUUUGCAUCGCCGUAUCAUCCCAUGUUAUUUUGGGUAAAUGUUUUGCCAAAACGGCUUUUUGCAAUUUUUCCAUUUUAUUAUGUUUAUUAUGAUUAUAAUCCAUAGGUAGCACGGAUUCACUUACUUAUACCAGUAAUUUAUUGGUUACAUAUAUGUGUGGGAAUAAUUACAAAAAACCUAAUUUUUGAUCAAUCAUAAAAAUUAAUUGUUUGGCAUUUUCAAAAAUUCGAAUUUCACUGAAAAAUAGUUUUUCUCAGGGUACAUUCCCAGCAAAUUAUUAACUAUAAGCCCAGUGUGGUCGCAAUUAGGAUGCAGAUUAUAUCAUGCGUUGUGUGAUUGAACAUUUGAAGUUGACGUUAAAAAAUCAUCAAAAUGUAUUAUCAGCUUGAAAAUAAUUGCAUAAACUGAGUAUUUGCGAUUAUCCUCAACUAAAUAUUACAAUUUGAAGUUGUCUUCACUCUUACUACAGCAUCCUUGCAUUAGAAGGAAGAUGAGUAGUUGGUCCCACAGAAACCCAAUUAAUAGUAAAUAAUGGACAAUACGAAAUAAUUUUGAAGAAUUGAUACAAUCUUUUAGUGUCGUGUAUGGACUCUUUUAAAUCUUAGUUGCUUCCCGUUCCACAGUUGAUAAAUCCACGUUUUUUCUCUUUAAAUUAUUUGUAGUUAUUUUUUUCAAUUAUCUUGACAAAUAUGGAAUUCCACUUUAUUAUAUUGUUUUGUAGGUGCUGAAUUAUCUCUUUAAAGUGUUGUUAUUCCUCUAUAGACGUUUUGGCCAAUAUUUUAUUCUACCAAUUUUACUUAAUUAUCAAAAUAUAUCACUCAAUUUAAGCAAAUAGGAGUUCCUCAAUUCUCGGUUUAUGAGCUCUAUUUCAACCCCUGCUCAUGCUAGAUUUGCUGCUCAGAUCUGGCGCUCCAGAAGUAUGUGUACCAAUAUGUAGGUAACUAAUUUUAUUCGCCUACUUUACAUCAAGUUGUGUAAAGGGACUGAAACUUAUGGUAAGGGGGUAUAUUCACUUGGCUAACACAAACCGUCCCCAAACUCGUAAUUGAACUGAUAAAAGGGAAAUCGGAAUAAAAUUAUGGCCUAACCCUAACCUGGUACACAUACUAUGGGAGUACCCAGAUCUGUUGUCGUCAAAAAUUGUACUUCAAAAUUAAAUAUCAACUUUUUGAUUAUAAGUACCUUUAAUAAUUUUGUUAUGUUGUUUCAUUCGGUUUUUCUUCCUGUAUUCCAUUUUAAUCAUGGAAAUUAUAAUAAUAGUUUAGCUGAAGAUUAAUUGAUUAAAAUUUAGAUUAAGCGUUAAGACGAAAAAUUUCAUAAUCAAAUUUCAGGUACCGGUAUAUUUUGGAAAAAAAGCUUUCAUGUCAAAUUUGAAGUAUAUUUCUAAAUAUUGACUCCCUCAACAUGAAUCAUCAUUAAUGCAAGAUUAUUGAGAGUGGUAAAAUGUAUAAUUCCACAUUAGCUAAAAAUUAUCAUUAUUACAAAAAAAAGUAAUUCAAGCCUAAUUAGCCGUUUGUCAUCUACCUCAGUCAUUAGCAUUUUAUUUUUCAAACAAAUUGGAAAAUUGCAUUAAGUAAAUAGGAUUGCGUAGUGAUUUAAUAGUAUUACAUUAUUAUAAUUCUGUGUGACCUUUAUAAGCAAGUUUCACAUGAAUGUUGCGCAUGUGUGUUAUAUAAUAAGCAUGUGAUCAGGUCUCUUAAUUGAGUUUUCUAAAUGACAUCCAUCUUUUAUAAAAUAAUGGGUGCUCCAGAAGUAUGUGUACCAAUAUGGAAUUAACUAAUUUUGUUCGCCUACUUUACAUUAAGUUGUGUAAAGGGACUGAAAUCUAUGAACAGGGGGAAUAUUCGCUUGGCUAGCACAGACAGUCCCCAAACUCGUAAUAGAACUAAAAGAAGGAAAAUCUGAAUAAAAUCAUAGCCUAGUCCUAAUUUGGUACACACUACGGGAGUACCAAAUCAUGUGCAGAGGUUGUAUAAGAAUUGUGGAUUAGACAAUAACAAUUUUUACCAAAUUUACGGACAGAUCUGUCAUGGUAUGUCAAAGUUUUGCUCAAUUCAUUAUCGUGCUCGCGAUUUCUUGGACAUUCCUCAAAGUUUGUAUAAGCCAACUAUAGAUAUAUGUUGGUGGCCAAUGCCAAAUUGAUUACAGUUCUUUGAAUAUAUAAAUUGAUAUAUAUUCCAGGCAAAUCAUGUGUACGGUAUAUCUAAAUUUUGACAUAAGUUAUAUCAAAUCGAAAAUGGCAAAUUUGUCAAUAAAAGCAAUCAGAUAAAUAAAUUUUUGAAAAAUUAAGGAUUUCAAAUCUUAUUUUUAUCCAAAGUUUUCUGUCUACAUAAAGAUUCUUGAAACUAAUAUAAUUUUCAUUUGUUCAAAAAUAUUCAAUACAAAUACUUAUUACCUUCAAUAAUCAUGAUUUUUGAGUGACUAUAGAUGCGAAAACCUCGCUUUACUAACAUAUUUGAUAGUAAGUAUGACAAUAUGUUAAAGUUACAGUAAAACGCCCUGUCUCAAGUGAAUAUUGAUUUUUUUUUGCCACUAAUAUUAGCCUGCUUUUUCGUUGCAUUCUCAAACAUUUUUUUUUUGUUUAUUUGUGAUGAAAAUUACUUUAUCUAUAUUAGUAUUGAGAAUGCUCUCAUUUGUAUUAACAUUAACUAUUAUUUGUUCAUUAGGAAAAUAGAGUGGUUUGAAUAUUGUUUAAUUAACAGAAGUUUAAAAAUUUUCAGCAAAUUUAUUUCCUGUAAGUUUUUGUUUUCCCCAAUAUUCCCUGACAGAUAUGACUUGAAUCAUAUCAGGUCUCCAGUCAACUACCAUCUGCUAGUAUGUGUAUCACAA